AUGCAUCUGAAAGCUGAGAAAUUAAGCUUCAAUGUAUGGUUUCAAAAUAGAAGAGCUAAAUGGCGGAGGCAAGAAAAAAUGGAAGCUGCGAGGCUUGGUAUAACGGAUUAUCACCAUCCAUCUAACAUGAGAAAUGUUGGAGGUUCAGCGUUAGGCUUACCUGGAGACCCAUGGCUCACAUCUCCAGGACUACUGACACUUCCUGGAUUUUUAGCAGCACCGCACACGGGUUACCCCAGUUAUUUAACGUCUCCAAGGCGGCUACCAUCUCCUCCAAACGUUUCAGCAAUUGGAAAUGGUAUUCCAGGUACGUUAAACGGGGGAAUCCCCGGAAUGAACACAGUUGGGCAUACACAAGCAUCGCCAAGUCCACCAGGCCACGAUCCAAGAACAUCUAGCAUCCAAGCUCUGAGGAUGAGGGCUAAAGAACAUGUCGAGAGUAUCACCAAGAGCUUACAAAUGGCAGGAUGA